GUUGAAGGUGAUCCUUCCUGUUUGUGAGACGAAAGGACUGAAGCUGAAGAUGAGAGCCCUGUAUGUGUUUUCUCUGCUGGCUCUGCUGAGUCUGGGGACAGGAGAGGAGGGGGCUCGUCUGUUGGCCUCCAAGUCCCUGUUGAACCGUUAUGCCGUUGAGGGCCGUGACCUCACACUGCAGUACAACAUCUACAAUGUUGGGAGCAGUGCUGCCCUGGAGGUGGAGUUAUCUGAUGACUCCUUCCCCCCUGAGGAUUUUGGCAUCGUCUCCGGAAUGCUGAAUGUGAAAUGGGAUAGGAUUGCCCCUGCUAGCAAUGUCUCUCAUACUGUGGUACUGCGCCCCCUGAAGGCUGGAUACUUCAACUUCACCUCUGCCUCAGUCAGCUACUUGGCCCAGGAGGGAGGACAAGUCGUGGUUGGCUACACCAGUGCCCCCGGACAGGGUGGGAUCUUGGCACAGAGGGAAUUUGACAGACGUUUUUCCCCACACUAUUUGGACUGGGCUGCCUUUGGCGUGAUGACCCUUCCCUCCAUCGGCAUCCCGCUGCUCCUUUGGUUCUCCAGCAAGAGGAAGUACGACUCGCCCAAAGCCAAGAAGAACUGAACACUACCAUGGGACUAGAUAAGGGGUGGGUUAGGAAUAGGGUCCAAGAAAAUGUAUCUUUUUCACACUAUUGUGCCAACAGAAACCAUACUGGCUCAGAUUUUUGUCCUUGUCACUUUGUCCAUUCCGGCACAGUUCCACCCAUCAUGAUGGAAGUGCAACCAGACUAAGGCAGUAAAGCUCUGUUUUGCUCAUUAGUGUGAAAAAUGGUGGGACUAUUAGUAGCUUACAUUGGAAUGGGAUGGACAGUACCUAAAUUACCCAUAUUGGGGGUAAAUGAAAACAAACACGUUAUUCUAGAGUGAUCUGUGAAUAUGCUUUCUUUUGAUUGACUGGAGGAUUAUGAGUAUGAGCUUUGGACUAUGUUGUUAGAAGACGGAGAGAACGAGCUACGGUUGUUUUUCUAUACGCAUGCAUACACAGACAUACAGAAGGCUGUCGCAUCAGGACUGCUGCUACACAGCUACGUUGACAUGAUCCGCUGCCUUCUUCCUUUGGUUUUUGAAACCAUCUAUUUCCGGAGUGGUUCUGGGUAGAACUCUAUUGUUUAAAAAUAAACAUGCAGGGGUUUU